CCGAAUUUUCGCCGGAAAUUAGAGUCACCAUCGAACCGCCGCCGUCGAAGCCUCUCCCGCAACCGAGCCGACUAAUUUCAAGAUUUCUCCCUAACCGCUUCGAAUCUCGCAAAACCAAGGGCACCAUCGGAUUCGUGACGACGAGACGAAGCCGGAGACACCAAGAACGCUCCGAACCGCCGCCGGAAGCGCCUCCACGCGCCGCCGUCUCUUCCGCGCGUGUCGUCCACGCGCCACCGCCGGUGACCGGAGACGCCGUCCGUUCGUCACCGGGAUUCCGCGUGUCGUACAUAGGAAUGGCGAACAAGAUUGCAAUGUUUCUCUCUGAAGCAAUGAAUAACAAUGUUGUCAUAAGCACUUGUUUGGGAGUAUCGUUUGUGGUUUUGGGAUUGAGAUCUGAUAAACAACAAAAGUAUGUUGAGGCCUUAGCAGAGCAGAAGGAUUCGCUCUUCAAGUCUAACAAGGAAAUGAAAGUCACAAUGUGGGAGUGGAAACAGCAGCUCUUUGCUGAUGCCGCCUCUGCGGGUAAUGCCGCUGUUGUUCCUCUGUCUAAGCUUAAGGCCAUCUAUGGCGAAGCCACAACCACCACUCAAUCUGGUGACACAACCAAGGAAGAGUCUAAAGUGUCUACCCCCAAGAUCAUGAUAUGAGAGGUUGUUAAAUUUUCGGUAGGUUCAUUUCACUUAAAAUGAUUCAUUCAGAUAAAGUAAAGAUUAGCACUUAGUCUCAUCGUUUGCAUAAUUGCAUUUGUAAAACUAGGUUGGCAUCGAGUGUCUGUUGUUGUGAUCCUUGUUUAUUCUCGAAAGUAAACAGUAAAACCAAAGCUCCUAUAAUAA